UAAGUCGCGGGCAUGCUUGUGAAAUACAAAUUUUAAUCUUUAUAAUUAUUUAAAAACGUAAUAUUGUAGAAAAAGUAACAGCGAUCAUAAAGAAAAAAAAAAGACAUUGUUCUUUGAUCUCUCAAGAAAUAUUUUUGUUAGCUCUUUUUUAACAAAAUGCAGACGGUUGAGGAGCUGAAUGAAGAAGUUAAAAAGGUCGACAAAGAACUCGCUAAAGUAGAAGCAGAAAUAUCCAAAUGGAGAAAUAAGCAACGGGAAUUACACGAAAGGAAAAGCGCUCUCAAGAAAUCUAUAAAUAAAUUAAAAUCGGAUACAUUAGCCCAAGUAGAUUGGGGUGGAAAUAAAUACGAAUGGUCGGAAGAUGUUCAAAAUACACUUAAAAAUAUAUUUAAGAUAGAUUCUUUUAGACCUAAGCAGUUAAGUGCUAUAAAUUCCACACUUUCGGGGCAACAUGCGAUAGUCGUUAUGCCCACUGGAGCUGGGAAAAGUCUUUGCUAUCAACUACCAGCGCUUAUUAAACCCGGAAUUACAAUAGUUAUAUCUCCCUUAGUUUCACUUAUGGAGGAUCAAGUUCGAUCAUUGAAAAAGAAAAAUAUUCCAGCUAUGCUCAUGACAAGUACAAGCCCUAAGGAUGAGACUGCUGCAGCUUUGAAUCUGUUAAAAGAUAAAAAUACAAAUAUCAAGUUACUCUAUGUAACACCAGAAAGAUUAGCAAAAAGUAAAAGAUUCAUGGCCAAUUUACAAAAAUGUUUUGCUGAAGGUAGAUUACAGAGAAUAGCAAUUGAUGAAGUGCACUGCUGUUCACAAUGGGGACAUGAUUUUAGACCUGACUACAAAUUUCUAGGAAUUUUAUCCAAUAUGUUCCCUAAUGUACCUAUAUUAGGAUUAACAGCCACAGCUACAGCCCAUGUCCUUAAUGAUGUCCAAAAAAUACUUAAUAUACAAGGAUGUCUAGCUAUCAAAUCAACAUUUAAUAGGCCAAAUCUUUACUAUAGGAUAUUAGAAAAACCAACAUCACAAGAUGAAUGCCUGAAUAUACUUGAGAAGCUACUUAAAUAUAGAUAUAAGGAUGAAAGUGGCAUAAUUUAUACAAAUAGCAUAAAAGAUGCUGAGGAUAUAGCCGAUGGAUUAAGAAAAAGGGGCUUAAAGGUAGGAUGUUACCAUGCCAAUAUGGAAUCUGAAUCAAGGUCAAAAGUGCAUAUGAAAUGGCAUGAUAAGCACUACCAAGCUAUUGUUGCCACAGUAGCUUUUGGCAUGGGCAUUGAUAAACCUGAUGUAAGAUUUGUUAUACAUCACACAAUCAGUAAAUCUAUGGAGAAUUAUUACCAAGAGAGUGGAAGAGCUGGCCGAGAUGGUCAGAGAGCAGAAUGUAUAACAUUAUAUAGAAUGCAGGACAUGUUUAAAGUUAGUGCAAUGGUGUUCUCAUCUGUUGGAAGUUUAGAACAUUUGUAUGGAAUGGUGAAAUAUUGUCUUAACGGAUCACUAUGUAGGCGACAACUAAUAGCUCAACAUUUUGACGAAGAUUGGGGCAAUUCUGAUUGUAAUAAAAUGUGUGAUGUUUGUUGCAAUACAAGUAGUAGUUCAAAAGAAUUACCAUUAGAAUCACACCUUAAAACUCUGGCAAAUAUAAUAGACAAUGCAGACAAACAGCAAACAAAAUUAACAGCACAAAAGCUUAUUGAUGCCUGGUUUCUUAAAGGCCCUGUCCCAUUGAGACACAGUGGAAAAGAGCCAAAUUUCUCCAGAAACUUGGCUGAGGAUGUAAUUGCAUAUUUGUUAAUAGAAGGUUAUAUAGUUGAAGAUUUCCAUUUCACUGCAUAUUCUACUGUUGUUUAUCUAAAGAAAGGUCCAAAUAUGGAGGCAAUUAAUGAUGCCAACUUCACAUUCAAAAUGCCAAUUAGAAAAUAUACUGAAUUUUAUUUGGAUAGACCAGCUCCUAAAGAUUUUGAACAAAUAUUGGAUAAAAAUGAAGCAACUAAUUCGGUGAAAAGAAAAUCUAGUAAAUCUAGUGAUAAACCAGCAAAAAAGAAAAAACCUAUAAUAAUAGAUGAUGAUGAUGUUGAUGACUGAAACACAAUAUACAUUACAUAAUAUUUAUUUAAAUCAUGCUUAAAAAAGCAAUUUAACAUAUUAUGCUUUUUCCAUGGAAACUGCAGCACAUAAAAUUUGGUAUAUGCUCCAAACAAGUUGCGAAUAAAUAUCCAUAUAAAUCAUA